AUGAGAUACGGGCAAAGAAGCAGAGAGGACGCACUGUAUGGAGGAGAUCAGGAGCAGAGGAGUUGGGAGGGCCGGGCUUCCCAAAGCCCACACUACUUCCUUGCAAAACUGCAGCUGGACUUUAAAAGCAUUUUCGAAGGAGGCAGAAGGUUCCAUUCCAGCGAAAAUGGGCAGCAGAAGGACGAAAUAAACCCAUAA